AUGUAAUAGGAAGCAUAUUGUUAGAUUCAUAGAGAAUAUGUGAUAUAAUAUUUGAUUCCAAAUAAAAAUAGUGCUCUUCUAGCAUGUGCAGCUUGUGUUGCUGGAUUACAAGAUGAAAAAAGAAAAGUAACAUUUGAUAAUAUUUUAUUAUUGCAUGAAGUAAUUUUUAAUAAACCUAUUAGAUAUAAAAUAAUCCAUAAAAAAUUAUUUCUAUUUUGGCAAAUGUUGAUUAGAACUAUACAGAAUUAAGCAAUAAAUAUUCUCUUAUUCCAGAAGAACAAAUAAAAUGUAAAUUUCAAUAAUGGCAAAAUACAUUAAGAUAAUUUUAAAAAUGGAUUGAUUAACUUAUAAUCGAAUAUAAAUAAUAAUUAGAUUAAGCUAUUUAAGAAGCCUAGACAACUAUAAAAAUUGUUAAAAAAGUAAUUUAUUUUAAUAAAUUAGGAACUUAAAUGUGAUGAUUUAUGGAAUCUCAUAAAACAAUUAUAAAAUUAAAAUGGACAAAUAGAUAUUUAAGAUUAAAUUUAAUGCAAGAUAUAAAUUUAUUUUGAAGAUUUAUAAAAGAAUAGUGUUGAGAUAAUUAAAAAAAUAAUUAAUUAAAAAGAAAAUGAUUCAAAGAAUUUAUUAAAAAAAGAGUAAAAAAAUAAUUUAAUUAUAUAGAAUUUUAUUACCAGAUGAAAAAGAGAUUUAAUAGAAAUUUGUAUAGUAAUCAUAAUCAAUUUUAGAUCUAAAUAUGUAUAUCAGAAGAUUAACUUAUUCACCUAAUGCUCCUCUUUCAAAUAUAGUUCCUUAUGAUUAUUAACAAUAACUGUUAAGUUUAAUUGAAUAAAGAACUAAUUAGAAGAUAAAUAAAAUAAAUCAAAUUUAUAUUGGAUCAAAAGAUGGUCUAAAUUCUUAAGCAUUAUGGAGUAAAAUAAAUUUAAAAUAAAAUUUGUUAUUUAUUUUUAAAUCUAAAAAUCCUGGAAAUUCAAUAUUUGGAGGAUAUGCUAAUUGUAAAUUUAAUGGUUUUUUAAAUGGAUAUGCAUCUGAUGAUACAGCAAGCUCUUUCAUAUUCUCUUAUACAAAAAAUGAGAUAUUUCCAUUGAAAUAGGAGUAUAAAUAAUCUGCUAUCUGGUGUUAAUAGAAUGGAUAUGCAGUUUAUUUUGGUAGUAAUGGUGACAUAAAUAUUUCAACUGAUUUUAUAAAUGGAAGCUCUGAUAUAGGUUAAUCUUAUUCUUGGAAUGAAAAUCAAGGAGGAAAUAAUACAUAUCUCUAUGGAGGAGAUAAACCUAACAUUGAAGAAUGUGAAGUCUUUGAAAUUGAAUAAUGA